AGUAUUUUAUGAAAAAACCGAUGCGUUGAUUAUAGGCGUGGUCAAUUUCAGCCCAUCUCUAUUCAAUGUGCACUAAAAACAGAGAUCCACGGACCACGGUCGGUUUGCCACUGCGAUAGCGACCGUUUGCAGUUGACAUGUUGACAAGCAACAUACAUAACCUCCCGUUUAACCGAAUUCAAAUGAUUUAAAGUUAUGUCCGUACACAAUGUUGGAAACUCUAGUUUCUCUAGUGAAUGUAUUAAAAACGUGGUGCUUCCAUAUACUGUAUGGCAGCUACAAGACUGGCCACUUUCUGGUUAAAAGCUUCGGCCUUGCCUUGCAGCAUUUGCUUGGAUUUGGGGCGCAGUGCUUCAAUGUUUGCUCAAUAUUAUGGGAGUGUUUCCUCAUAUUCCUGCAGGACAAUGUGCAGAUACUGCACCAAGGCUUUAUAUUUCUCUCAGAUAGCCUGGACGUGGUCCUUAAAGUCAUCGGCUCCCUGUGUUGCAAAUUGUACAUACUUUAUCACUCGGUUACAACGUUGACGGUUUCAGUGUGCAGUGCAGUGAUCAGUGGAAUAACAGCAACCAUUGCGGGCGUAGGCUAUGUGAUUGUAUUUGUCAAAAAGCUUUUUAUCCUGUUUGGUUCCGGAGUGUGGUUCCUAAUCACACUGCUCCCUUUAAUGAUCGUCUAUAUUUGCAAGUUAGUUUCAGCCUUUAUACAGCAGCUAGUUCAAGAAACACGCGCCAUGUUUCACAGCGGACUUUCAGCCUCAAAACUCGCUAUCAAGGACGGUGUUAAUUUCAUUGUGGAUGUCCCCAUUCAGUCAGCUAUCGGCAUAGCUGUAGGCCUCAGCUUACUCUACGUUCUAUCCCAGUGCUACAGACUACUGGCCAGAAAGAUUACGCGCAAUGUCAGAGAAUUGAGGCGAUGGCGUCAACGCCCCAGGGCCUCAGUGGCGGAGCCUCUAAGGGCUCCGCAAGUGGCACCGUUGCCUUCACCCAAAUCAAGACAAAGUAACUUCGACCUGGAGGCCGAUAGUAAAGUUUGUGUGAUUUGCCAGGAGAGGAACAAGUGUGUUUUACUGUUACCAUGCAGGCAUGUUUGUCUGUGCACACUGUGUACCAGAGAGUUGAAAAGCUACGGGAAUAUUUGCCCCAUUUGCAGGAGUACCAUAAAUAGAACGAUGAAAAUAUAUGUGUAGGGUGGAUGAGCCCGAUUUUAUACACUUGGAUGCAAGUUUUACUAGUUUACUUAGUAUUUUUUACAAAGUUCGCCAUUUUAUAUAAAAAUAAUCACAUUCAACUACACGUUUGUACUUUGGAGACUGAUUUCGUAUAUACUAUAGUUUUCCCAUGAACAAA